GAGGCGCUGAAUCACGGAUGACCCAGUCCACCGCCGCUCUAUUGAAAGCCAUUUCCCACGAGAGGACUUGCGAUUGAAGUUAACCGGAUGACUUUUACGCACGACCUUGGCUCGUCCACGGGCAGGAUGAUCGCGGACUUGAGCGCACGGAGAGCUGGGUAAAGUGCCAGAGACGAUGCGGGGCACGGAGCUGUUGCUCAGCUGUUUACUGGUCAAAGUGACGCUGUGCGACGCAGAAGGGGAGCCAGCUCAGACCGUGGACGACUACAUGGUCGCUACCGGGUACAACUACUCCACCGAGGCGGAGGUCACGGAGACGCCCCACGUGGAAGACAAGUGUCGCGGCUACUACGACGUGAUGGGCCAGUGGGACCCGCCGUUCGUGUGCCAGACUGGGAACUACCUGUACUGCUGCGGCACUUGUGGAUUCAGGUUCUGCUGCGCGUUUAAAAGCUCCCGACUGGACCAGACCACCUGUAAGAACUACGACACCCCCCCUUGGAUGAUGACCGGGAGACCCCCGUCCAAAGCGGACGUGUCGCAGGACGCGUCGAGAGACAAAACUAACCUGAUCGUUUAUGUCAUCUGUGGGGUCGUGGCCAUCAUGGCUCUGAUCGGGAUUUUCACCAAACUGGGUUUGGAGAAGUCAAACCGCUUACAAAGAGAGAACGUUUCCAGGACACUUGCACACGUGAUCCGUCACCCUGCCUCUGAACAUACCGAUGAGAUUGGACUGGGCCAACAGUAUGAGAAUCUCAAUCCAGAACUUGCUGUGAACAGUCUCUACAGUGCCCAGAUGAACAACUUGAUUCAAGCAUCCACCCUAAUAGCUCAGCCCUACCCGGACCUGGGACCAAUGACCAGCCCUUAUGAGCCCCAAAAGACCGCGAAGGAACUGAACCAGUACGCCACUUUGAAAGCAGUCGCUGAGAAAGCUAACAACGACUUCUAUGGCAACAGACGACAAGUGAUGGAGAUGGCGGCAAAGGGCUGCCUUCCAAUGGAGCCUUUGAAUAUUGAGCCGGAGCCAAGAAAUCCCUACAGCCCACCCAGACAAAAGUCUGCGAAGCAGAUUGAACACAAGUACAGAAGCCCCAAGAGCCGAAGCGCUCAGUCAUUGUAUUACAGCUCCAGCACUUUAGCCAGCCCUGGGAUCCUGAGGUCCCUGGAGGCCAAGGACGUGAUGGGGCUGCGGCACAGCUACGGCCCACAGAAACUCAACUUGAUGGAGAAGGAGAUGUACAACAUUCGUCACAUGCCUUCACAACCGUACUUUGUCACCAACAGCAAGACAGAAGUGACCGUAUAAGACGAUCUGGAGACGUCAAGACUGUGACGGUGAAUGUUAGUAUAUCAGUGUGUAAUGUGAUGAGAGUCUUGCACAUAGCCUGGUAACAUUUAUACAGGUAUAUAUAAUAUAUAUAUGUGUUUAAACCUUCACUCAAUAAUGAAACAAAUUGUCUUAUGAGAGUGUUCACCAGUUACAAUUAUAGCGGAUUUAUAUAUCUCACACUAUGUGACCAGGGCUGAAAUACAGACUGUUACUGGUUUUAAUCUUCCGAACUAAACAUAUGCAAUCUGUUUUUAACCACCAAAACAAACAGUUUUCGCUCACUUGCUUGUGUAUUUCUUAGCAGGCAUUGAUGUUCAAACAAGAGUUGUUGCUUAAUAACCUGUUUUGCGUUGACUAUUGUGUGACUAAGAGUAUUUCUGUUCCAGUUGUACAUUGUUUUGCUCAGUCAUGGCCUUGUAUGUACUACAGUCAUAGUGUUGCUCGUGGAUUAUAGCGGUAACUGUUGUGCGUCUUUCUGUACUGCUCAGGUUGAACUUGUCCAACUUCACAUUGGAGCACAUAUAGAGUCGCCACUUACUUAAAAGUUCACAGUGCUGUCUGUUAAAUUGUUGUUUUUUUUAUUGUGAAAAUAUGCUGGAUUUUAUCAUGCGUUUUCGGCUCUUGUGACCCGUAAAUUCUGUACUGUUUUUUUGUAGAUACUGUCACCUCAAUGACUCUUUACAGAACUGAAUUAUGAUGAAGCCGAAUUGCAAAUCUGUAUCCACGUAAUGGCCCUAAAUUCCCAUGGUUCAGACAAGUUAUUCAUUGUUAAUAAAGGUGUUUUAAUUUC